AUGUCCCACCCGUCCUGGCUGCCACCCAAGAGUACCAACGAGCCUGUUGGACACGUAACUGCAAGGAUGGAGACCACACACACCUUUGGGACUCCCAGCAUCUCGGUGUCCACCCAGCAGACACCAAAGAAGUUUGCGCCUGUUGUUGCCCCUAAGCCAAAGUACAACCCAUACAAGCAACCAGGAGGUGAUGGGGACUUCUUUCCUCCACCCCCACCUCCGGUGGAUGAUCUCGGGAACAUCACAUCAUCACAAGGUGCCUUCCCCCCACCGCCCCCUCUGGAUGACGUUACUUUCAAUGUGCAGGUGAAUCCUGGUGGCAAGACGCUUGAGGAGAGGCGGUCCAGUUUAGAUGCGGAAAUCGACUCUCUGACCAGCAUCCUGGCCGACCUAGAGAGCAGCUCUCCUUACAAACCUCGGACUCAACAGGGCCCAACUCUAAUGCGGGCAAGUAGCAUUAGACCUGAGGAUGAGUUGGAACAUCUGACCAAGAAAAUGCUAUAUGACAUGGAGAAUCCUCCUUCUGAUGACUACUUUGGCCGCUGUGCUCGCUGUGGGGAGAAUGUUGUUGGGGAAGGCACUGGCUGCACGGCCAUGGACCAGGUCUUCCACGUGGAGUGCUUCACCUGCAUGAUGUGCAACAACAAGCUGAGGGGACAGCCUUUCUAUGCAGUGGAGAAGAAAGCCUACUGUGAACCCUGCUAUAUUAACACGCUGGAGCAAUGCAGCGUCUGUGCAAAGCCCAUCAUGGAGAGGAUCCUCCGAGCAACUGGGAAGGCCUACCAUCCCCACUGCUUCACCUGCGUGAUGUGCCAUCGCAGCCUGGAUGGGAUCCCCUUCACGGUGGAUGCCAGUGGGAACAUCCACUGCAUCGAGGAUUUCCAUAAGAAAUUUGCACCGAGAUGUUCCGUGUGUAAGGAGCCCAUCAUGCCAGCCCCAGGACAAGAAGAGACUGUACGCAUUGUCGCCUUGGAUCGUGACUUCCAUGUCCAGUGCUACCGGUGUGAGGACUGUGGUGGCCUCCUGUCUGAAGGGGACAAUCAGGGCUGUUACCCUUUGGACGGGCACAUCCUUUGCAAGACCUGCAACUCAGCUCGGAUCCAGGCUCUGACUGCCAAGGCCAGCACUGAUCUCUGA